AUGGCUACAACUCUUACCUUCACAUUCUUGGCCUUGGUCUUGUUACUUGUAGAAAAGGCUACCGUAGAUGGAAGGACCACCACACUUGGAAAGGAACAUGUCAGAGGCAUUAUAGGGGCAAUAAUAGACUACAGUUCUCGCAUUGGUAAGGAACAGAAAGUGGCGAUGGAGAUGGCUAUAAAGGAUGUCUUUAACAAGACAAAUCAAAGAUUUGAUUUGCACAUUAAAAAUACUCAUAGUGAACCUGUACAGGCAGCUCUUGCGGCUUGGGAUCUCAUAAGGAACCAACAAGUGCAAGCCAUACUGGGACCACAUACAUGGGAAGAAGCUUCUCUAGUUGCAGAGAUUGGAAACAAAGCUCAAAUCCCAGUUCUUUCUUUUGCUGUUACAACUCCACAAUGGGCAACAAAGAAGUGGCCUUUCCUGCUUCAAGCUUCGCCAAACCAGAAUGCACAGAUGAAAGCCAUAGCUGCUAUUAUUCAGUCUUGGGAAUGGCAUCAGGUCACUGUAAUUUACGAAGAUAAUGACUCUUUGCUCAGUGAAGUCAUACCUCAUCUUUCUGAUGCCCUGCUAGAAUCUGGGGCAGAGAUAAGCCAUACCGUAGCCCUCUCACCAUAUGCUUCUUCUUCUUCAUUGUCUAUAGAGCUUGAGAGGCUUAAAGGUGAACAACACCGAGUUUUUGUGGUUCAUUUGUCAUUGACAUUAGCUGUGAGACUUUUUGAGAGGGCUAAAGAAAUGAACAUGAUGGAGAAAGACUAUGUCUGGAUCACUACAGAACCCUUUACAAGCUUUAUCCAUUCCCUCAGUGCCUCCUCCAUUUCUUCAAUGCAAGGCAUUAUAGGAGUAAAAAGCUACUUCCCCCAAAACCAUCCUCAUUUUCAAAACUUUUAUACUAGAUUUCGUAAAAACUUUAGCAUGGAAAAUCCAGAAGAGGACAAAAAUGAACCUGGGAUUUUUGCGGCGCAGGCCUUUGAUGCUGUACAGGCAGUUUGUCUAGCAAUGAUGAGAAGCAGCAAGGGCAGCCAACCAUUGUUAGAUAACAUUAUGCUGAGUGAAUAUAAUGGCUUAAAUGGAAAGGUUCAAUUUAUUGACAAGAAAGUAACUCCUGCACAUAUAUUUCAGAUCAUCAAUGUGUUUGGGAAGAGUUAUAAGGAACUUGGGCUCUGGUCAAAAAGAAAGGGUUUCUCAGUGACUACUGAUGAAAGAACUGCAAACAACACUUCUAUGAGGAGUUUGGAGAAGGUUUAUUGGCCAGGUGGAACUUGGACUGCUCCAAGAGGAUGGACUCUUCCAACAAAUGCCAACCCACUGAGGAUUGGUGUACCCACCAAAUCAAGCUUCAAACAAUUUGUGAGUGUGGUACAAGAUCAGUCAAAAAACAGUACUGCUUAUGAAGGAUUUGCAAUUGAUUUGUUCCAAGCAACUGUUGGAAGCUUGCCAUACUACCUGCCAUACAAUUUUACUCCCUUUGAUGGAACUUAUGAGGAAAUAGUGGAGCAGGUUUAUUUCAAAAAGUUUGAUGCAGUGGUUGGUGAUGUAGCCAUAGUGGCCAAGCGGUUUCGACAUGCAGCGUUCACACAGCCCUACACAGAAUCAGGAUUGGUGAUGAUAGUUCCAGUUCGGAUUCGACCACAAACUACUAAUAGAGGAUUGCUGUUCAUGAAGCCAUUCACAAAAGCCAUGUGGGUUUUAAUAGGGGCAAUAAUUGUCUAUAAUGGCUUUGUUGUGUGGUUGAUAGAACGGAAUCACAACCCUGAACUCAAAGGUUCUGCCUCGAAUCAAAUUGGUGCCUUGCUGUGCUUAGCCUUCACUAGUCUCUUCUCUUUACAUGGGGGGAAACUACAUAGCAAUCUAUCACGCAUGACAAUGGUGGUGUGGCUAUUUGUAGCACUCGUAAUCAUGCAAAUAUACACGGCUAACCUAACCAGUAUACUCACAGUGCAAAAGCUUGAAGCCAGUGUAAAUGGUGUCGAGUCACUGCAGUAUGGAAAUGCAGUGGUUGGAUGCUGUAGGGGAUCAUUCGUAGCAAAAUAUUUGGUAGAUGUCUUACGAUUCCACAAGGGAAAUAUCAGGACUUAUAACUCACCAGAAGAAUAUGCUUAUGCACUUAGAAGUAAGGAAAUAGCAGCAGCCUUUCUUGAAGUUCCUUUUGCCAAAUUAUUCCUUGCAAAAUACUGCAAAGAGUUUAUUACUGCUGGACCGACUUACAAUGUUGGAGGAUUCUCAUAUGUAUUUCCAAGAGGUUCUCUGCUGCUUCAUGAUGUAAAUAAAGCACUACUGAAAGGAUCUGAAAGUGGUAGGUUACGAGAAUUAGAGAAAAGCAUGGUUGCAUCUGAGAAGUGUGUGGAUUAUGCGGAGUCCAUUGAUGAAGUUUCUAGUCUUAGCCCUACUACAUUUUCGGUUCUUUUCAUGUUAACUGGAGGUACAUCAACGGUAGCUCUUAUGGUCUAUGUUGUUUUUUACAAACUUCUUGGGCAUAAAACCAUCUGGAGACACUUGGGUGUAAUGAGAAAUCGGUGGACAAUCUCUCCAAGACUCAGUGGUAUGUAGAAGAAACAACUACAAAUUUUUCAAACACAUCUAUUAAUUCAUAAUGGACUCGAGUUUAGAAAUUUAAAAAGUCGAAGAACAUUGAAA